UAGUAGAGGGGUGAGAUGCACGCGCCACCUGGGUCGUUUUUAUUAACUGUUGGCAAAGCCCCAAAAACAAACUCACAAGGCUCCAAUCAAACCAUUGUCACUCAUCCAUAAACCUCUCUCUCUUCUCUUCUCUCUCUCUCUUUCUCUCUCUCUCUCUGGUUUUGGAUCUGGCCGUUGAUUUUUUUCCCGGCACGGCGAUUAGUUUGUUGUUUGCAUGAACGCCGGUGAUGGCUUCUGCUUGUGUUAACAAUGUUACUGUUUCUCAGGAGUUUCCUACUUACGGAUGUUUCAAUCCACGAGCUUCUUUCAGCCGUGAAGACCCUACUAGGGUCUCUGGAUCCGCCGCGUCUGACAUUCAGAAGCAGAAUCCGAAGGUCACGGUCACGGCGGAGGAAAAACUAGCUGGAGCUGGUGAUUUCGAGUUUAGGUUGGAGGAGGAUCCUGUCAGAAUGCUCCCAGCUGACGAGCUUUUUUCCGACGGUAAGCUCGUGACGAAACAGCAGCAAGAGACGACGGUGGAGGCCGCCGUGAAAUGCAGGAGGACGGAAGUGGCGGAGAUGGAGAUCUCCGAUAGUUGCUCCUUCUCUCCAAAGGCACCACGGUGUUCGAGCAGGUGGAGAGACUUGUUAGGCCUCAAAAGAUUCUCUCAGAACAGCAAAGCCGCGGCCACGACGUCGAAUCCGAGAUCGUCAACUUCGUCGUUGAAGCAAUUCUUGCAUCGGAGCUCGAGAUCGUCGACUUCGUCCGGAUCCUCGUCUUCCGAUGCUUCGGUACUCAUGAGUCUUCCUCUUCUGAAAGAUUCUGAUUGCGAGUCUCUCUCCAUAUCUUCUUCUCGUAUGUCUCUCUCUUCGUCCUCCUCAGGCCACGACCACGAAGAUCUCCCGAGGCUCUCUCUCGAUGCAGAUAGACCUAACCAUAACAGUAACCAUAACCACAUCCUCAACCACAACGUCACGGCGAAUCCAUUUGCGCCCGCUCGUAGCCUGAACCCGAAUCCACCGAGAAUGAGGUUAGUGAACCAUUCAUCAGCAGGAAACGGAGGAGGGAGAGUGGGACGCAGUCCGAUGCGGCGUUCAGGAGGAGAAACAUCUCAAUCAUCAAUAAUGAACAGAGGAGUCUCAGUGGAUAGCCCAAGACUAAACUCUUCAGGGAAAAUAGUGUUCCAGAGCCUGGAACGGAGCUCAAGCAGUCCAAGCAGCUUCAAUGGUGGAACAAGCGGGUACAGACACAGAGGAAUGGAGAGGUCGUACAGCUCAAACGUGAGGGUAACGCCAGUUUUAAACGUUCCGGUUUGUUCAAUCAGAGGUGGUUCAGUAGUCUUCGGUCAGUUUUUCUCAAACGGCAACAACAACAACAACAGAGCUUCGUCUCAUUCUCAUAUCAAUAGAGGUCGCAACUCAACGGAUCGGAUCUAACCCGACAUUUUCAAAAUUAGGGAUAUUCAUCAAUGAGCCUUUUCUUUUUUUAAUCUAGUCAAGAAUACAUCAUCCAGUGUGUGUCUACUGUUGUAAAUAAAGAAUCCGUCAUUGGUUUAGUGUAAUUCUCCUAGGGGUUGUUCUAUGGGGUUCUCCUUUGACAUGGACGGACACACGAAAAUGGAAUUGGAAUCUACUAAUAAUUGUUGUGUUUUUGGCUGAGGGUGUUGAGGAGAAAGAGAGAGUGUGCGGUUGACGCGUUUAAGGAACGCGCGUGGGUCAUAGCCAUAGCAUAGGAAACACAGAUACUUUUUUCUCUCUCUCUCAUAUGCUCUGUGUGUAUUUGCGCUCUCCCCACGUUGAAGCUUAUCUAAGCUGUCUCUUUCAUGUGAUUUUUUUUUUUUUUUUUCCAUUUUAUUCUAGUAGAGUAGUAGAAGUUUGUAAUUUUUUUAAAUUUUUUCUAUAGUUUAAUUUUGUCGUUUUCUGAGUUUCGGAAAUGAUGCAGUAUUCAGAGACUUUACGACACCUUUCUUUGUUUUAUAUAUUUCUUAUUCGCA